GCGCUCAUUUCAUUUCAACACACCUGGACCUUUCUUCGUGAGCUCGCUCUCGUCCAAGACUAUCGCCUGUAUUCGUGAAUCGGGAUUGGAGUAUUUCAAGAUAUCUUUUACUGUUUUCGACUUCAAACGAGGUUUCGAUUUCUACAUUUCACUUCCCCUCCAAGGUCUAUUAGAACUGCGUUUUCUGCUUGGGUAUUACUUUCGCUUGAAUCUUGGCAAUUUAAUCUUGAUCUGAAACAGAGGCAAAUUUGAUUUUACAAUUUUCAUUGAGGAAAGGAGUUUGCACCUUGAAUCUUCGAAGUUGGGAACAUUUGAAUUUCGGAAAGAAGCGCUCCUCUUCGCCAUCAAAGUUUUCCUUGUACAAGAAACACAGAUUUUGCCAAAAUUCAGCUAGAUUGUUCUGUGCUGCAUCAGAGGUGAUGAGCAACCUGCUGCAAAUGAGAAAAGCUGCUACUGGAUACUUGCUGAGGUCCGUAUUAUCUCCCGACCGGGUAUCGGUCGCCAAAAACGGCUUGACCGCGUCUAGAUGUUUUUCAACUGCAACAAGCGUGCAGUUCAACGACAACGAGGAAGAACCUCCCUCUGAAUUUCAAGGGUCGUCAACCCCAUCGAUAUGGGAGUAUGCCCCAGAAUGGUGUCAAGAAUACGAGCAGCACUCGCACAAGUACGAUCUCAUUCAAUUUCUAGAGAAGCAUUGUGCAGAUCACUGCACUUGGCAAAAUUCUCAGAAGAAAGUCUGCCCUGGGUCAUGGGCAGAUGGUUUCCAGAAGCGCAGGAAGAGGUUUGUGUGGCCUCCGCGGUAAAUGACUAUUUGGCUUGUACAAACAUGUAAAUGGUGGCCUCGGAAGAACCAGUUGGUUGAAUGACAGGUGAUGGAUUGAUUUCUUGUAAAAAGGGUAAUCCCUGUGCACACAUAUGCCAUUGUAAAAGCCUCAUUGAGAGGUUUUAUUCAUAUGCAAAAUAAAGAAUUGUUGAUCUGGAUAGUUGUUUCAAAACGUCCAUCAACUUUUCGUACGAACUUAUUGCCUUCCCGGUAGCGAGUUUAGAAAACGUCUUCUCUUUCUUUGAACCAAGCGUGCCCAGCUACCUGGCAAUACGGGCAUUUGCACCCUGUUUGAUGCUCCCUCGUCAGGGGGGAGAUAGUAUUUUCCAUCAAACCCGGUUUCGAUUUUUGACUGUUUAUAUUUGCUUUUCCAUUCUUGAAAGCAUACAUUGCUGCCUGCAAUGCGAGAGUCUAUAUCUUCGAUUGUCACAGGUUUGAUUUGCAGUGAAUGUUCUCGUUGAAUACCUCCUACCAAUGCAUUUUCUGGCUUCAGGAAAGGAAUUCUGCAACAACUUUGUGCUAUACGAUUUGUCCGCAUGGCUGGUUCCCUACAAGCAACGUCUUAGAUAAGAAAACAAACUCUUAUUCUAUUCCAUUACUAAAUUUCAACAAUGACGAGACUUGCCAGAAUUUUCAAGUGCAUUUGAUCACCGAGUACACAUGAGGCAUUGUCACGACCCGUUUCGUUAUCACAACGGGUUGAAAACACCACAUGUUCUUUUGAAGUACAGGACUGACAAUCUAAAUUCUGAUCAUACUAAAGACCUUGCUACUAUUCAGGUGUCGCCUUCAUACUCGCCACUAUUUCCCGCCGCUCCCCUUGCUCUUCUACCUGUUGCAAACUUGCCCAGUUU